AGCCAGUGCAGCCCGAGGCCGAAGAGCCUCCGGUUCUCGUCAGAGGCCUGGUGCACGUGACCUGCUAGCUCAGCGGCCCCCAUUCCCCAUGUAUUAGGCCGCUUCCUGUGGGGGAAAAGCCCGCCCUGCCCUUCUCCUCCUCCCGGCACGCUGAUUGGCGGCAGAGCGGCAGCGCGUCGGGCCAGCGCCCCCUUCCCCGCCUCCAACCUGUGAUCCGGGAAGCCACGCGCCGCUCUCAAGAGCGGAGGGCGCCGGCUCGGGAGUGUCAGUCUUCUGUCACUCUCGCUCCCGCCCGCCCUGGCGGGUGACAGGGUCGCCUAGGAGACGGGCCGGGGUCGCGCGUGCGGACGGAGCCUGCCCAUGGCACAGGCCGGGGGUGGGGCGAUGGGCCCGCUGGUUGGGGCCAUCGAUCAAGGGACCAGCUCCACGCGCUUCCUGGUCUUUAAUGCAAAAACAGCUGAGCUGUUGAGUUACCACCAAGUAGAAAUCCAACAGAAAUUCCCCAAAGAAGGGUGGGUAGAACAAGAUCCAAAGGAAAUACUACGCUCUGUCUAUGAAUGUGUUGAAAAAACAUGUGAGAAACUGAAACAACUGAAUGUGGACAUUGCCAGUAUAAAAGCUAUUGGGGUUUGCAAUCAGAGAGAGACAACUGUGGUUUGGGACAAACGAACUGGAGAGCCUCUCUAUGAUGCUCUAGUGUGGCUUGACCUAAGAACCCAGAGUACUGUUGAGCGACUGCUUCAAAAAAUUCCAGGGCAUAAUAAAUCCUUUUUUAAGAAUAAGACAGGCCUCCCACUUAGCACAUAUUUCAGUGCUGUGAAACUUUGCUGGCUUUUGGACAAUGUGAAGGAGGUGAGGCAAGCAGUUCAGGAGAGGCGAGCACUGUUUGGUACCAUUGACACAUGGCUAAUAUGGAGUUUGACAGGUGGAAAAAAUGGAGGUGUUCAUUGCACUGAUGUAACCAAUGCCAGUAGAACAAUGCUGUUCAACAUUCAUUCGUUAGAAUGGGAUACUGAACUCUGCAAAUUUUUUGGAAUUCCUAUGGAAAUACUUCCCAAAGUGCGGAGUUCCUCAGAGAUCUAUGGAUUGAUGAAAAUCUCCCUUACCUUGAGUUCUGGAGCUUUGACCGGCGUACCAAUUUCUGGGUGCUUAGGUGACCAGUCUGCUGCUUUAGUGGGACAAAUGUGCUUCAAGGAUGGUCAAGCAAAAAAUACGUAUGGAACAGGCUGCUUCUUACUCUGCAAUACAGGUCAAAAGCCUGCAAUUUCUGAACAUGGCCUUCUGACUACAGUGGCGUACAAAAUGGGCAGAGACAAACCUGUGUAUUAUGCAUUAGAAGGCUCUGUUGCCAUAGCUGGUGCGGUUGUACGUUGGCUGAGAGACAACCUUGGCAUUGCAAAGUCUUCAAAUGAAGUUGAGAAGCUUGCUGCUGAAGUGGGCACUUCUUAUGGCUGCUACUUUGUUCCAGCAUUCUCAGGAUUAUAUGCACCAUACUGGGAACCCAGUGCAAGAGGAAUCAUCUGUGGCCUUACUCAGUUUACAAAUAAAAACCACAUUGCCUUUGCUGCACUAGAGGCUGUCUGCUUCCAAACACGAGAGGUAUGGAUGAAGGGUGCAAUUAAUGCUGCUUUGAUGGUAGUGGCAAACUUCUUUCGAAUUAAAUUCGUCUUGCGAGGCACCACUGUACUUCAUUAUCCUAUAAAUACCUUGCUAUGUAAAGCAGUCCAUAAACACUCUACCUUCAUUUUUGGCUUAUUAGUAAAACCAUCCAUGCCUGAAACCACUGCACUGGGAGCAGCCAUGGCAGCAGGAGCUGCAGAAGGAGUGGGAGUCUGGAGUCUGAAUCCUGCUGACUUUACGGCAGUGACCAGUGAACGUUUUGAGCCACAGAUCAAUCCUGAGGAAAGCGAGUCUCGCUAUUCCAGGUGGAAGAAAGCUGUUCAGAAGUCAAUGGGCUGGGAAACAACAGAACCACAAGUAGACACCAAUGGUGAAACUAGUAUCUUCUGUAGUCUGCCUUUGGGCUUUUUUAUAAUGAAUAGCCUGUUAAUGUUAAUCGGAGCAAAGUACAUCUCAGCUUGUGGAGAAUAUUUGGUAAUUGCAAAUGAGGCUCCUUAAUGGAUUUCCAGGAGAUUGCAGCAUACGAAGAGAAUCUGGUGCUCUCUUCCAAUGUCAUGGGAUUGUUCUGACUUGGUUAAUUGUCAAAAUAACAUGGAUUUAUAGGAGAGGACUUGAACGUGGAAUGAGGAACACACACAACAUUGCUGCCACAUGUUCCCUACUUAAAUGUACACUUGGAUGCAAACCUUUCGUUAACUUCCUCAACCAUCAUCACCUGUUUUAUACAUUUCGGCAUGGGAAAUUGCCACAAAGAAAAGGGUGAUAUUAUUGUCAACUGUAUGGUUUAAAAACUUGGUACAGUAUGCACAUCUGUAAAGUCACGAUGGCUUUUUUCAUUUCCUAGAAAAUUACCCAUAAUGGUGUCUGCCAGUGCUAUCUCUCUAGUGACCAAUGGAGCAACGCCUGUCUGUAUCGUCAUCAGUCAAUAUUGAAGCAGUUAAUGGUGCUUUUUCCUUAUACUAAAACCUGAAUAACUGAUUUAUUCUCUUCUGCUCAUGUGCAUUGUCCAUCAGUAAUGAGGACCCUAAAUCCUGAAAGUGCCACAAGUUAAUUAACAAGAUUAUUUUUCCAAACGUGUAUUUAAGAUUUAAAUAUAUGUGCUUUCACCUCUACAUUAGCAAGCCAGAGACCUAAGCAGCAAAGAAGCUCCACAUGCGAAGUACUACGCUAAGGUGUAAAGAUACAGAUUAAAUAGUCUUGGAAGGACUUGUCAUGUUUUCUUUGGGCAGCAGGUGCAGUCCAAACGAACCUUUCCAUUGUCUGGAUGUGUUGGAGCUGGUGGUGUAGGGAUGGGAAAGUUCAGGACCAAAAGUUGCCUCUUAGCAUAUCCACAUUCUGGACAGUGGCAAUUUUGCGUCUUGGGUGCAAGUGUAAGUUUUUAGGCAUCAAAGCAAAAGCACUACUUGCUAGCCAAAAACGUCAAAGCUAAGCUGACACAUUUUCAAGUGAUCCAUUCUACAAUCUUUGGAGGGAAUUGUUGCUUUUCUUAAUAAAAUAUAUCAGUAAAAACACCUGUCAGCUCACAGCCUGGUUCCCUUUUCUGCCUUUACCAUCAUUACCACCACCAUCCUAUUUUUCUCUGUAUCCCAUUUGCUGAAAUUGGAAUGCUGUAAAGGAACAGAAUAAUGGAGUGGGAACUAUAUUAGAAAAGGCAAGCAAGGAGAAAAACCCUCUUCAAAUCUUGAAUGUAACAGGGUUUCAUCAAAGGCCACUCUGGUCCUCCCAGAUAUGUCCCCCACAUUAUCUUUUUCUUCUGCUGCCAAUGCUGCCUGUAGCUGGAAGGAGUUUUGAUUUCCACAUCUCUGAAAUGAAUUGGACAUAAGAACGUGUUGGAUCCAGUCUGCCUUGUCCUUUGAGAUGCCUCAGAUUGCUGGAAUGUACCCAAAAAUGGCUGCAAAAAGUAGCUCCUAUGUGGAUAAAUGACAUAGCUUACUCCCUGCUAUAAAUUCUCACACAAAAGAUUAUUUUUGGUAAAUAAAGAGGGCUUGGUGUAAAUUUAACAUGAAAUUGCCUGAUUUGAAAGUUUGAUAUGUAUUUCUAAGUAUGUGCACUUGGGAGCUAAAGGGAAUGUGCAUGCUCAAAUGGUUUCUGUGUCUGUCUCAUGUGACUUUGUCUUCACUCUUACAGAAUAUGUGUGUUUGAAAAAACAUUUGGGAAAUAACAUUAAGCAUUGGAAAUUCAAAGGAUGUUAGGUCUUUAUAGGACACUUAAUAUCAAUGCCUUUUCAUCAAGUGCAAUGAAAAUUAAAAACAAUGGUCUCUGAAGCUGCAGCGCAUUCUGCACUUGGUGUAAAUUCUAGAAUUCUCUUGACAACGUUGUCCCUUAAAUGUAAAUUGGGUUUUAAAUGUUUCAGCAUGUUGAUAAAUGUAAUUACAAAAGCAGUUUGGAAUAUUGGUUUGUGUCAGAACUUCUGUACAUGUGAACUUGGUAGUAGGAUUUGUAAAACUCCACAUCUUAGCCUUACAACUUGCACAGGCACCGUGUAGGUUGGACCAUAUUUAGCAAGCCUGCAGGGGAAAGCCUUGUUCUCUUACAAUGUACGGUAUUCUGCUUAUUUCCAUGAGCUUAGCUUUCAGAGGAAAGUCAAAGGGGAGAGCUUGCAGGGGGCAGGUGUGUGGCAGGCUGAAUAAACUGUGUUUUUCCUAGGAAGUCAAUGGAAUGGACACAGACCUAGGGUGUUAAGUGUGUGAUAACAUUGGGUUUUAAAGAUAUGAGUUAAGUGCCAAAUACUAACCCCUUUUUCCAAACAAAUGCUGAAACAGUAAACGGUAAAAGAACCUGGAAGUCACUUGUUUCUUGAGCUGCCUUCAUAUGUGUUUGGCUGAUGCUUUGGUAAACAAUGUGUGAUAGGCAGUUUCAGCUACAGUUUCUGGGGUGGGGUGGGGUAUAUAGGACAUUAAAUUAUUUUUGUGAGAUUAUAAUUACAAUUGCAAUUUUGUAAAAUGUACUUACUUUUUUCCUACAAAACAGAAUUAAAUUAACUGUUCACUUUUUGUGAAAAGAUUAUUGUGAUUUUACCCCCUAUAUAUUGUGACACCUUCAAAUUUAAAUGGGCACAUGGAAACUAUGUAACAGCAACACUGGCUGGUUUUGCACUGCUGAGAAUACAUGUGACUUAAAAUGACCUAAAUCUUGUUUGCAAUUAUGUUUGCAAUGGAAGCCGUGAAUAAAUUUAAAAUGAAAUCUUAUUCAAGUGUGUAAAUGCU